AUGUCGCGAUCUGUGCCUUGGCCAAAAUAUACCUCCUCUCGCGAUCAGAUCCUCACAGGGGGCCAGAGGAGGGCAUUUGGAGGAAUAUUUAGAGCGUCUGGUGCGCGAGAACAGCUUGCUCAAGGUGCCUGCAGAUGCGGUGAGGGGGGAAUUGGACAUGCGCUCGCCGUUCAGUUUCACAAAGAAGGAUUUAUCGUCUUCGCCACCCUGCUUCCUCAUGAACAUCGCCAACACUUGACCGACCGAGGCAUAUAUGUCUUCGAUGCCAAUGUGACUAGUGAUAAAGAUACCGAAGUUCUUCUGGACAAGGUCGAACGCAUAUCCGGGGGUUACACAAUGCCUGCGACGGAUACAGAAGUUCGGGAAGUGGAAAAGAUGUUCGCGGUGAAUGUCUUUGGCCCUGUGCGCAUGAUCCACUACUUCCAUCGUCUGCUGGUGGCGGCCCAGGGAACUGUGGUGAAUAUUGGAUCGAUCGGUGGCAUUGUUCCCUACAUCUACGGGGCAAGCUACAACGCCAGCAAAGCCGCUCUCCAUCAUUACGGUAAUACGCUGCGCGCAGAAUUAAAGCCUUUCGGAGUACGGGUGGUCAAUGUGAUUUCGGGCGAAAUUGGGACCAACAUCCUCCACCGCGAUGCGGCGCGCUCUCUCCCCGCUGACUCGCUAUAUCUGUCCCUAGCCGAUGAAUUUCGAAAUCACGUCCGGCGAACCCCCAGAACCAUUACCCCAGCCAAAUAUGCCGCCGCCGUGGUGCGCGAGGUGCAAAAGUCCCGCCCGGCUGCGUGGUUUUGGUACGGAGCGCGAACCGGCAUGUGUCGCUGGGGCGAUAUGUUUUUGCCUCGCACAUAUUGGGACGGGCUGUUCGCCAAGUGGUUCCACUUGCAGAGAUUGGCGCGCAUCCCCGAGGGCAAGGCAGUGGAGUAA